GCUGCCUGCCUGGGCCGGCCAAGCCUGCACCCUCCCAGACCCUAUAAGGCCUGGGAACCAGGAGCUGAGGCGCUGCCAGCAGCUGCCCUGCUCUGAGGGAUCUUGCAAGGUCCAGGUGAGUCCAACUGCGUCACCCAGCGACUGACACCUCAAGCCCCUCAGGACACCAUCAUGUCAGCUUCGGGAGAUGGGACCAGGAGUCCCUCCAAAUCCAAAGGCAAGACCCUGAGCAGUUUCUUCGGGUCCCUGCCUGGCUUCAGCUCUGCCCGGAACCUAGUGUCCCACACUCACAGUUCCACAAAGAACACAGGACCGGCAACAGACCCCACAGGGACUCCUGCUCCCCCACCCCUGGGGGCCACCAACCUGCAUCAGACGCCUGGGGGUGUGGCGGGGCUGUUCCAUCCUUCAGAACAGACAACAGCUGGGUGCAAGGACAUGGGAAGCUUCAGUGUGACCAGUGGUGAAGAUGCCUUCUCCUCUGGGGUGGCUGGCAUCAUAGACACUGCAAAAGGAAUGGUCCAGGGUAGCCUGGGAGCCACGCAGUCGGUCCUUAUGGGCACUAACGAGGCAGUGUCUGGAGGCAUCAUGGGAGCAGUAGGUAUGGCCAAAGGGGUUGCCCAGGGAGGCCUGGACACCACCAAGUCAGUGGUCAUGGGCACCAAGGACACGGUGACCACAGGACUCACAGGAGCCAUGAAUGUGGCCAAGGGGACAGUGCAGACAGGCCUGGACACCACCAAGUCUGUGGUCAUGGGCACCAAGGACACGGUGACCACAGGACUCACGGGAGCCAUGAAUGUGGCCAAAGGGGUUGCCCAGGGAGGCCUGGACACCACCAAGUCUGUGGUCAUGGGCACCAAGGACACGGUGACCACAGGACUCACGGGAGCUGCAAACCUGGCCAAGGGGACAGUGCAGACAGGCCUGGACACCACCAAGUCAGUGGUCAUGGGCACCAAGGACACGGUGACCACAGGACUCACGGGAGCUGCAAACCUGGCCAAGGGGACAGUGCAGACAGGCCUGGACACCACCAAGUCAGUGGUCAUGGGCACCAAGGACACGGUGACCACAGGACUCACGGGAGCUGCAAACCUGGCCAAGGGGACAGUGCAGACAGGCCUGGACACCACCAAGUCAGUGGUCAUGGGCACCAAGGACACGGUGACCACAGGACUCACGGGAGCUGCAAACCUGGCCAAGGGGACAGUGCAGACAGGCCUGGACACCACCAAGUCAGUGGUCAUGGGCACCAAGGACACGGUGACCACAGGACUCACGGGAGCCAUGAAUGUGGCCAAGGGGACAGUGCAGACAGGCCUGGACACCACCAAGUCAGUGGUCAUGGGCACAAAGGACACGGUGGCCACAGGACUCACGGGAGCCAUGAAUGUCGCCAAGGGGACAGUGCAAACAGGCCUGGAUACCACCAAGUCUGUGGUCAUGGGCACCAAGGACACAGUGACCACAGGACUCACAGGAGCCAUGAAUGUGGCCAAAGGGGUUGCCCAGGGAGGCCUGGACACCACCAAGUCUGUGGUCAUGGGCACCAAGGACACAGUGACCACAGGACUCACGGGAGCCAUGAAUGUGGCCAAAGGGGUUGCCCAGGGAGGCCUGGACACCACCAAGUCAGUGGUCAUGGGCACCAAGGACACGGUGACCACAGGACUCACGGGAGCUGCAAACCUGGCCAAGGGGACAGUGCAGACAGGCCUGGACACCACCAAGUCUGUGGUCAUGGGCACCAAGGACACGGUGACCACAGGACUCACAGGAGCCAUGAAUGUGGCCAAGGGGACAGUGCAGACAGGCCUGGACACCACCAAGUCAGUGGUCAUGGGCACCAAGGACACGGUGACCACAGGACUCACGGGAGCCAUGAAUGUGGCCAAGGGGACAGUGCAGACAGGCCUGGACACCACCAAGUCAGUGGUCAUGGGCACAAAGGACACGGUGGCCACAGGACUCACGGGAGCCAUGAAUGUCGCCAAGGGGACAGUGCAGACAGGCCUGGACACCACCAAGUCUGUGGUCAUGGGCACCAAGGACACGGUGACCACAGGACUCACAGGAGCCAUGAAUGUGGCCAAAGGGGUUGCCCAGGGAGGCCUGGACACCACCAAGUCUGUGGUCAUGGGCACCAAGGACACGGUGACCACAGGACUCACAGGAGCCAUGAAUGUGGCCAAGGGGACAGUGCAGACAGGCCUGGACACCACCAAGUCUGUGGUCAUGGGCACCAAGGACACAGUGACCACAGGACUCACAGGAGCCAUGAAUGUGGCCAAAGGGGUUGCCCAGGGAGGCCUGGACACCACCAAGUCAGUGGUCAUGGGCACAAAGGACACGGUGGCCACAGGACUCACGGGAGCCAUGAAUGUCGCCAAGGGGACAGUGCAGACAGGCCUGGACACCACCAAGUCUGUGGUCAUGGGCACCAAGGACACGGUGACCACAGGACUCACAGGAGCCAUGAAUGUGGCCAAAGGGGUUGCCCAGGGAGGCCUGGACACCACCAAGUCUGUGGUCAUGGGCACCAAGGACACGGUGACCACAGGACUCACGGGAGCCAUGAAUGUCGCCAAGGGGACAGUGCAAACAGGCCUGGACACCACCAAGUCUGUGGUCAUGGGCACCAAGGACACAGUGACCACAGGACUCACAGGAGCCAUGAAUGUGGCCAAAGGGGUUGCCCAGGGAGGCCUGGACACCACCAAGUCUGUGGUCAUGGGCACCAAGGACACAGUGACCACAGGACUCACGGGAGCCAUGAAUGUGGCCAAAGGGGUUGCCCAGGGAGGCCUGGACACCACCAAGUCUGUGGUCAUGGGUACCAAGGACACAGUGACCACAGGACUCACGGGAGCCAUGAAUGUGGCCAAAGGGGUUGCCCAGGGAGGCCUGGACACCACCAAGUCAGUGGUCAUGGGCACCAAGGACACGGUGACCACAGGACUCACGGGAGCUGCAAACCUGGCCAAGGGGACAGUGCAGACAGGCCUGGACACCACCAAGUCUGUGGUCAUGGGCACCAAGGACACGGUGACCACGGGACUCACGGGAGCCAUGAAUGUGGCCAAGGGGACAGUGCAGACAGGCCUGGACACCACCAAGUCAGUGGUCAUGGGCACCAAGGACACGGUGACCACAGGACUCACGGGAGCUGCAAACCUGGCCAAGGGGACAGUGCAGACAGGCCUGGACACCACCAAGUCUGUGGUCAUGGGCACCAAGGACACGGUGACCACAGGACUCACGGGAGCCAUGAAUGUGGCCAAGGGGACAGUGCAGACAGGCCUGGACACCACCAAGUCAGUGGUCAUGGGCACCAAGGACACGGUGACCACAGGACUCACGGGAGCUGCAAACCUGGCCAAGGGGACAGUGCAGACAGGCCUGGACACCACCAAGUCAGUGGUCAUGGGCACCAAGGACACGGUGACCACAGGACUCACGGGAGCCAUGAAUGUGGCCAAGGGGACAGUGCAGACAGGCCUGGACACCAGCAAGAGUGUGCUGACAGGCACCAAGGACACUGUUUGUGCUGGAGUCACAGGAGCCAUGAAUGUGGCCAAAGCGGCUGCUCAGGGGGGGCUGGAUACUUCUAAAGCAGUCCUCACAGGCACAAAGACUACAAUAUUGGCUGGCCUCUCAGGCACCAUGAAUAUGGCCAGGGGAACAAUGCAGACUGGCCUGGAUACCAGCCAGAGUGUGCUCGCAGGUACGAAGGAUACUGUCUGUGCUGGGAUCACUGGGGCCAUGAACAUGGCUAAAGAUGUCAUUCAGAAGGGCCCAGACACCACCAGGGACACGGGGUCUGCCAUGCUGUCUCAGGGAGAUAAAGUGGCCAUCAAUACCACCUCCACUGGUUUCCAUACAGUCCCAAGUUCACUCUCUGGCUCUCACACCACCAUGUGUUAUGAGCCUGGCGGUUGCAGUGCCACCAGUCAAGGGGUAGAACAUGCUACCCUGACCUUUGCAGAACCCUCAUGCUCUGAGAUCAGCAGCCUUGCAAACACAUGUGGCUUGGGGCUUGUCACGGAACCCAUAGCUACCACCAAAGGCCUUGUGUCUGGUGUGGCUUCAUUUGCCCACACAGCUACCAGGUCUGAGGAGUGUGCUCAGCUGGCGGCCACAAGCUUUGCUGCCCUUCAUGAUGAGUUGGAGGGGCUAGGGGACAUCUUCCAGCCCAUGACAACUGAGGAACAAGCCCGGCUGGCAGCCUCAGAGUCAGGGCCCCGUGUGCUUUCUGCCGACCGGGGAAGCUACUUUGUCCGCCUAGGUGACCUGGUACCCAGCUUCCGCCAGCGGGCUUUUGAACAUGCCCUGAGCCACAUACAGCACAACCAGUUCCAAGCCAGGGCUGUGCUGGCCCAGCUUCAGGAGGCCUUCCAGACAGACACGGUCGUGGAGACUCCAGGUGAGCAUCUGUGUUGGGACCCAAACGUGAGCUCCACGGUGGAGGCUGCUGGUACCCAUGAGGUGCGUGUUCUCGUGGCUCAGGACAGACUGUGCAUACUAGCCCGCCAGCUCCAUGCAGCUUAUAGCAGCCUGGCAGCCUGCCUGCAGGGCCUGCCAGAGGUGCAGCAGCAGGCGGGGCUGGCGCGGCACAGCCUCUGCAAGCUGUAUGGCCUCGUGUCCGCAAAUGGUGUCGAGCUGCAGGCAGAGCAGCUGGCCCAGAGCAGCGCCAGUGUGGUCCAGGCAUGGCAGGGUCUGGAGGUGCUGCUGGACAGGCUGCAGCAGAGCCCCCCACUUGGCUGGUUGGUGGGACCCUUCACUUUGAUGCCUGGUGGCCAGCCAUAGGCAUCUGAGGGCUGCACUUCCCCCAAAGAUCUGAAUUAAGCAGGAGCAGAGGGUCCCCGGAGAGUGAAUUGGAAACCAGACAUGGCUGCCACUAUUUCCAAGAAAUUACAGCCCCUCUUCCAAACUGAACGAAGCCUGUUCAGAGUGGCCACACAGGUCUCGAGGACAGAGCAAAGCAGAAGUGCAGUCAAAGCUAGGAGGUCCUUCAGCUGUCCCCACUGGCACACCUUCCACACUUGGGGCUUUGACCUACUUUCAGAGUGCUACCUGCACUCUGUGCAGCACAUCCAGAGCUCUUAGCUAACAUGCUAGGCAACUUGUUCCCUGGCACUAGAAUGUACUAGAAUGCAUAGUCACCCUAAGGUAAUCUCUCACAGCCUCUUCUAAUACUUAGAGAGUGUGUGGAUGUGGGGGGGGGCACUUAUAUCCCAGGAUGCUAUGGGCCUGACUCAUACACCAAAGACAGGGCUGACCUGACAGGCCCAGCACUGCUCUGAGCAACUGCAUGUGUGCAGAGCCUGCACACGAACAUGGCCUACAAAGGCACAUGGCCUUCCUAGGGUUGAAGGCUGUGCUGAUUGCAGACACAAGCAGGUAACAGUCCCUCUUCCUCACCCUCUGCGCCCAAGACGAAAGCAUAGAUGAUGGACACAAAGCACUCCCCUGUGGCCAGGCCAUCCAAGGCCACAGUCCAGCCCUCCCUGAACCCCAACAAUGCUAGCAACCCCCAACCUUCCAGCUUCCUUUUAUGUACACUCUUGGGAAAUAACAAUGUCCUUUAGGUCCAAGGUUGGGCCAGCUGUGGCCUAGAAAUGCCAUGAUGGAGAUGGCAAGGAGCCUUCCUGAGCCCUUCCCUCUGCCAUGUCAGCAGCAGGCUCCAACAGUAGACUAAGAAGAGCCCAGGCAUGCACGGAGGCAGGCACACCGAGAGGCACACCCGACCUGAGCCCACAGGGGACACAGGAGAGUGGGGCCUGCACUGCUCACAGUUACACGUAGAGCAGGCUGGGAGGUGGACUAACACUCCGCUGCAAGUGCUGAGCUGCCCCAGAGACGCUGUGCUGGCCCACCUGGGGUACCGGCAUAGCAGGGGAUGGGCAGCGCUUGAGUCAGAGCAGUCUCCUGUUAGCCUGUCCUUAGCGUCAGAACAGGCCACUCACUGCAGGAAGAGCUCUGCUGGCCUGUAAGUAUGAACCCUGCCCUGCACCAGGCCUGGCUCCCCAUUCUGCUCAUGGUGCCUGGUACCUCAGGCAUAGUGCCCUGGCCCUAGCCCAGCUGCAUUUCACAUCAGGACACCAAGCCAAUAAAAGCUGUUUCUUUUUCAUUACAAAA